AUGCUUCGGAACACUCUUCCCGUCUUGUGCGGCCUGGCAUCUCUUUCCUCCGCCGCACUCUAUGAUACAGUGAUUGAGACUAAAUAUGGCUCAGUCCAGGGAUAUCCGGCCUUCAACAGUACAAACACCGGUAACCUGACCCACUGGAAGGACAUCACGGUAUGGAAGGGUAUUCCCUUUGCUGCAACUACCGGGGGUUCCAACCGGUGGAAGGCACCGCAGCCCGCCAGCCCAUGGAACGGAACCCUAGACGCGCGCAACUGGGGCAAUGUGUGCCCCUCUGCCACCACCGGGGAUAAUGACUACACCAUCGAUGAGGACUGCCUGAACCUCAACAUCUGGAGUCCGGCCAGCUCUCCCGACGCGAAGCUCCCCGUGGUGAUGUGGAGUUAUCCAGCCGAGUCAACGGCGGCGGAUCCUCUCUUUGACGGCGGUGGCAUGGCCGAUAAGGGGAUUGUCUUCGUCAAUUAUAACUACCGGACUGGUCCCUUUGGCUGGCUGGCCCACUCAGAACUCUCAGAAGAGUUCGAGAAGGUGACCGGAUCCAACAGUUCAGGUAACUGGGGCAUGCUGGAUCAGUUUGCUGCCUUGAAAUGGAUCCACGCUAAUAUCGAGGCCUUUGGCGGUGAUCCCAAUCAUAUCACUGUCCAGGGUCAGUCGGCGGGUUCUGCGGCGACUCAGCAUAUCCUGUACAGCAACCUUACCAAGGGCUUGAUUGUCGGUGCUAUCAUUGAGAGCGGUGUCCGUGACCCGCACGACCCCCUCUGUACUAGUCUCGCCGAGGCCUAUGCUACGCUGGAGGAUGCUCUCGAGGACGGUAACACCUAUCUGUCGAACCUAGGCGUGUCCAGCAUUGCUGAAGCCCGCGAGCUCAGUAUGGAGGCACUCAUCAACGGUGCAACUGGCACGACCCGCGAGGAUACAAUUAUGUUCGAGGCCGUCUUGGAUUACUACGCCAUGCCGGACACCUACCUCAACAUCUUGAAGAAGGGCCUAGCCCACGAUGUCCCAGUUAUCACCGGUAACAACAAAGACGAGAACGGCGCUACCUAUGGCCUUGACAUCUCGCUUGCGGAGUAUCUGGAGGACCUCAACGAGACGUACAGCGGGGAAUGGGUCGACCGAUUCCUGGAGCUGUAUCCGGCUAACGACUCCACCACCGCGUCCGGGGCCUACAACUCCAUGUUCACCGACCGCUCUAAGGUUGGCACCUGGUUGUGGACUCAGCUGUGGUAUGAGCGCAAGAGCAGCCGGGUCUGGAACUAUUUCUGGGACCAUGCGCCCCCAGGACAGACUUCGGGUGCCUAUCACGAGUCUGAGAUCAACUACGUGCUAAACAACCUCUAUGCCACCGACAAGCCCUGGACCGCAGAGGACUACGCGAUUGCCAAGAAGAUGAAUGACUACUGGGCCAGCUUUAUCAAGACCGGUAACCCCAACACUCAGUCUGAAGGGGCGGUUGAGUGGCCUGCUGUGGGCACCUCCAAGCUUGUCCAGCAUGUCGGUGACGGGUGGGGCCAGAUCCCCAUUGCUUGGAGCAAGAAGGUCGAGCUGUUCAAGGAGUGGUUUGCUACCCUCGUGGCGUACUGAUCUCCUUUUUCUGGACUGGCUCUCAACAUACAGUCACUUUGACUUGCUGUAGGGGUUAGGAGAUGUACUGGACUAGACAUGGCAAAUGGGC